CACUUGGCCAACGGGACCGAGCGACGCGCAUUGCGCUCCAGCUGCGCUCUUCUCCGGCCGACUUCAGUGCCUUCCGUGUCGUCUCUUUCUCGCCCUCUCUCUUUCUCUCUCUCUCUCGCCUUAAGCGCCUGCGUACGUGUGCGUGCGCGUCAUCGUUCUGUACUACUGUCGUUGAAUCGCGUUUACGUUUUCGCCGCGAAAUGUCGUCCGGCAGCUGGGAGCUGGUCAGCAGGAAGAAGGACAGGGGCAACGACAAGACGAACAAGCUGACGAAGGCCGAGAAGAAGAAGUUCAUCGAGAACGCGCCGAAAGUCGAGGACUUCCUGCCGUUGAGUCAAGUGAAGACGCUGUACGACAAUCUGGACGGAAACAAGGAGAACAAGAAGCCUGCCAAGGCGCAGGGGAAAGAGCACAAGACCAAGGAGAAUGAGGAGAGGAGGAAGCAGCAGCAGAAACAGCAGCAGCAGCAGCAGCAGCAUGUUGAGAAGAAGAAACAAGAGCCGAAGGAGAAACCUCCGAAGACCGUCAAGGAUGCGUUGAACGCGAUCAACGCGCAGGAGCUCAACGAACUCCUGGCCACCGCGCAAGUCAGAUUUCCCGAGGCCCCCUUGCUCUGGCUGAAGGAGCUCGACGCCUUCCUCAACAUCAAGAUACCCGUAAACAAGGAAGACGUAAUAUUCUCAGGAAAACCCAAGGAUUACCCGUUAAGUUUAGUACCUAAGGCGAUCUCCUCCAUCCUGGAGCGGGCGGUGGAGAUGACGGGCCAGCAGAGCGUACAAAUUUUCUACGAGAACACCCUCACCGCGAUGGCCACCGACAUGGUCAAGGGGACACCCGUCGUCGGCCACAAGAUAUUUCUGCAACUGCUGGCGCACUUGAAUCCCGAGAUGACCGCCGCCAACAUUCCCAAGCUGAUUACCAUUCGGAACUCGUACGAGAACAGGAAGAACGUCGGCCUGUCCCUGCUGUGGGCCUGGUCGCAGGCCGGCAUUAAGGACCUCGCGGUCGGCUUGAAGAUCUGGCACGAGGUGAUGUCGCCGAUGCUGGAGGCGAAGGGCUACGCCAGCUACGUCGUGCAGAUCCUCAACGAUCUGGUCUUCGGGCACGACAACGUCCACGAUCUCAGUCUGGAUCUGUAUCUGAGCAUCAUCGUGGACACCUACUCUCAGAGGUUUCAGAACAUUCAACCCGCGAGUCUGGGGAAGGACCUCGGCGCGAGUAUCGACAGGCUGAGGGCAAUACUGUUUAGGAACAAGGACAUAUGUUACACGAAGUUGUUCGAGAUGUUGAUGGGGAAAGUGUCGCAGAAAUCGGAUCCAAAUUACAGGCACGAGCUGAUUAAGGUUCUCGCGGACUGCCUGGUCACGGAGCCACUCUGCUUCACUACUUGGAGUUCCAUUUAUACCAAGCAUUUGUACCAAUCCAGUCUUCUUCUGUCGUACAUUGAUACGAAUUUACCUAGUUUACACAGCAAGUUCAAAGCUAAGCAUUUCAAAGAAACCCUCGGAGCUAUCCAGAACAAUAAUGAAAAGUGGAAAAAGGCGAAAGACGAUAGCCUGGCGCUUGCGUGCAAGAAAACGUCUCAGGUACUACUGAAGAAAAUGACGUCCUCCAGCCGCGGCUUUCCAUGGAGAUCUGCUAGCCUCCUCCUGUUGCUGCUGAUCGGCGCUAUCGUGGCGUACGACACGCAGAAGCAUGGCUCCUUCGAGGCAUCCCAAGUUGGAAAGUUCUUGAAAACUAGCGGGAUAUUGAAACACGUAGAAAAGGCGUGGACUACUCUAAAGUUCUAUUGGUCUGCAGGACACAAAGCAAUUAAGGAUAGCUCGCCGGAGUAUUACAAAGCCGUUGUAGAUUUGUGUGCACCAUACGUUAAAUUAGCUGGCGAUCUAGGCCUGGUAUUAAGAAAUCUCUCGAUUAAACUGUACAACAAUGCUGCGGCGUACGUCGAAAGGAAUAUACCUGUAAUUCGGGACACGAUCGAGUAUUACGCUCCAGGGAUCUUGGAACAAAUUAAAUCCCGGAGUGUUCAGGGACUGGAGUUCGUGAAAGUUUCCUUCGUUCUGAUCGGGGAGAAAGUUAUUGAACAUUCCACCGCGUCGAUACAGUGGCUGGAGAAGAACGUCUUCGUGGGCAAGCUCAGCCCGGACAGCCUCCGCGGUUACGCCAUAUGGGCUUUCGACACGACGCAGUCGUACGCCGUGCAGACGUACGAUUGGGUGUACGAGAAAGUGCAGACUCUCUCCAAAGUGCCAUGAAUAAAAGAGAAUUCAAUGGUUUUGCUGUACGAAUAACUAUUGCGUCGAUGACGAAACACCUCCUCGCCUCACCACGCGACUCGGCAUUUAUUAUUUAUGACACGGAAGCGUUAACAUGUAUAUUUUUCGGAAGAUCACGAAUGCGUCGGCCAUUUCACCUGUGAUAUCUCGAUGAGAAAAUCUAUAUCUUGCUUUGGUCGGCACCGACGCGGGAAACUUGGUGAUCUUCCAAUGCAUUUCGAACAAUCGCGAACAUUUUUUUAAGAUAAAUACUUUUCUGCCGCUUUCUUUGAAAUUAUUAUGUAAUAUAUAUAUAUAUGUAUACGUGUGUGUAUAUCUUUCCAUACGUUAGAUCUACUGUACGCAAAUCGUUGAAAGUGCGAUCUUUAGUAUUUUGUAUUUUCACCUAUAAUUUUGAGGAUUUUGAUUGAAUAUACAUUCGAUUGUAUUGAA